UAUUAAACAAGAAUAUUUUUUUUGUAGAGUAUUUCAUUAUGGUCGCUAAUUAGCUUCAACUGCAAUAACAGAAUUCGUUGCCGAAUGAGUGUAGCAUAUAUUCACUCUCCGAGAUUACAACAGCUAUCGGAUUCGUUCACACGUUGCCAGCAACGAGCGUCUCGUGUUCACGAGUUGAUAGUCGCGUAUGGACUGUUGGACUCGGAGAAAACCAAUACUAGAGUUGUAGCACCGAGAGCCGCUCAGUCUGAGCGACUGAAAAGUUUUCACGAUGCUGAUUUUGUGGACUUUUUGCUGCAAUGCUCUGAUGGGUCAAGGGAGGACGACGAGUUUCAGAAGAGCUGUGAAGUGUAUGGCUUGGAAUUUGAAUGUCCAGUUCUAGACGAGCUAGGUGAGUACGUGCUGCUGUUAGCGGGUGCAUCACUAGACGCUGCUGAGUGUCUUGUUUCUGGAGCGGCGAAGAUUGCAGUCAACUGGUUCGGCGGAUGGCAUCACUGCAGAAAAGACUACGCAGCAGGGUUUUGCUACAUCAAUGACUGUGUUUUGGCGAUUCUUCACUUGCUCAAGAAAUUUGAUCGUGUGCUCUACAUUGACUUGGACGCUCAUCACGGGGACGGGGUGCAGGAUGCAUUCUACUGCACUAACAAAGUGUUCACUCUCUCAUUCCACAGAUACACGCCUGGACUGUUCUACCCUGGAACAGGCGAAAUCAGUGAUACAGGAAGUUAUAAGGGAUUGAAUUACUGCCUCAACGUUCCAUUCAAAGAAGGCCUGAAAUCAUCCGACUUUAUUGAUGUCUGCACCGUAGUGUGCGAACAAGUCGUGAGAGGGUUCAAACCCGAGGCGAUUGUGUGUCAAUGUGGGGCAGAUGCACUUUCCCAUGACCCAGUGGAGGCUUUAAACAUUACUCCAGAUGCUUAUGUUAAAGUUGUCCAAAAACUGAUGUCGCAGAAUGUGCCUCUUUUGCUCUUGGGUGGAGGAGGAUACCACAGAAGUAAUACGGCCAGAUGUUGGACCUCAAUUCAAGCCGCAUUAACCCAUAAAUGGCCACUCAGUGGGGACAUACCAGAGCACGAGUACCUGGACGAGUAUGGUCCCAGCUACAGUUUGGAAGUGAAAGAAUCGAAAAUGAAGGAUUUGAAUACAGACGAUUAUUUGAAGUCCUUAACCGAUCACUGUGAAUCUAUUUUAUCGAAACUCUGAAAUUUGCAUCUGCUUGAAUGAAUUGGUUGAUGUUUGUUGUUUUCUGUAAAUCUUUAACUAUUUUUCUAUUCUGAAUCAAUUAUUCCGCUUG